AUGGCGGUAUUUAUUGCACAGUCAAGAGCUUCUGGAAGCCACCGAGAUGUUGAAGAUGAGGAGCUGACACGAAUAUUUGUUAUGAUACCAAAGUCCUAUACAGAGGAAGAUCUGCGAGAAAAGUUUAAGAUGUAUGGAGACAUUGAAUAUUGCAGCAUUAUUAAAAACAAGACUACUGGAGAAAGUAAAGGUUUGGGCUAUGUGAGGUAUUUAAAACCAUCGCAAGCUGCCCGAGCAAUUGAAGAGUGUGAUCGAAGCUACAGGGCCAUUUUGGCUGAACCUAAAAAUAAGUCAUCUGAGUCUUUUGAACACGAUUAUUAUAGUAAUAACACGAGGCAAGAACCAAGAGGAAAUACACUUCCCUUUUGUGGGCAGCCAGAGUUUUGUAGUUUUGAAAAAAACGAGAGCAGAAUUCAAGAGUCAGUCUCCAAACGUCUGUCAGUGGUAUCACGGCUUCCCUUUGUCCAAGAGCAGCUGUUCGCCCUCUUUGAUCUAGUCCCAGGACUGGAAUAUUGUGAUGUUCAGCGAGAUCCUCAUACCAAUAGUGGGUAUGCUGUGAUUCAGUACAGUACUGCUGCGUCAGCUAUAUAUGCCAAGUAUAAAUUACACGGUUUUGAGUAUCCUCCUGGAAAUCGAUUAACUGUCAUUUUCCUAGAAGAUGGGAGUGAUAGUUCGGACCUCAUCAGAAAAAUGGCAACACAGCUGGUAACAGCACAUGUGUCAUCAGUGUUGCGGAGUAACAAUGCAAUUGUUCAGCAAUAUAGGACACCUCCUCAGGCAUUUGGAGGAACUUCGGGCUCACAGUUACUUCAGCCCCAAACAGAUGCCAUACUUCCACCACACAAAAAAAAAGUUCCACCUGACACUUCUGUGAAGGAAAGGCUUUUCAUACUUUUUCAUCCCCAUCCUUUACCUGUAAAUGUAUUGGAGGAUGUGUUCUGCUUGAUAAAAGUUUACCUUGUGGCUGGAAAAAACGUGGGCUACGCAAAAUUUGCAGACAGAGCAAGUGCCAGUGAUGCCAUAACUGCGUUACAUGGCAAGAUUGUGAAUGGUGUCAGGCUUAAAGUAAGGUUGGCAGACUCACCUACAGAAGAAUCUAACAAACGUCAGAGAACUUACUGA